AUGUUAGAGCAGAAUGAACUACUCAUGUUAGAGCAGAAUGAACUACUCAUGUUAGAACAGAAUGAACUACUCGUGUUAGAGCAGAAUGAACUACUCAUGUUAGAGCAGAAUGAACUACUCGUGUUAGAGCAGAAUAAACUACUCAUGUUAGAGCAGAAUGAACUAUUCGUGUUAGAGCAGAAUGAACUACUCAUGUUAGAGCAGAAUGAACUACUCAUGUUAGAACAGAAUGAACUACUCAUGUUAGAACAGAAUGAACUACUCAUGUUAGAGCAGAAUGAACUACUCAUGUUAGAGCAGAAUGAACUACUCAUGUUAGAACAGAAUGAACUACUCGUGUUAGAGCAGAAUGAACUACUCGUGUUAGAGCAGAAUGAACUACUCAUGUUAGAGCAGAAUGAACUACUCGUGUUAGAGCAGAAUGAACUACUCGUGUUAGAGCAGAAUGAACUACUCAUGUUAGAACAGAUUGAACUACUCAUGUUAGAGCAGAAUGAACUACUCAUGUUAGAACAGAAUGAACUACUCGUGUUAGAACAGAAUGAACUACUCGUGUUAGAGCAGAAUGAACUACUCAUGUUAGAGCAGAAUGAACUACUCAUGUUAGAGCAGAAUGAACUACUCAUGUUAGAACAGAUUGAACUACUCGUGUUAGAGCAGAAUGAACUACUCAUGUUAGAGCAGAAUGAAGUACUCGUGUUAGAGCAGAAUGAACUACUCAUGUUAGAGCAUAAUGAACUACUCAUGUUAGAGCAGAAUGAACUAAUCGUGUUAGAGCAGAAUAAACUACUCAUGUUAGAGCAGAAUGAGCUACUCAUGUAA